AUGGCAUAUGAUGUCUUUCCAAAUUUGCUCCAAUCAAAUCUUUUUCCACCCAAAUCAUUCUUGCAUGAAUUGGUUGUCCUACUAGCUGUAGGCGCGUUGAAGAAUCUCGUCGGAUUGGUUUCCGAAGAAACUUUGGUUUCUCUCGGAGUUCUUUCUUGUCUGGUCCAUAUUUUGAAGUCAGGAUCAUUAGGCGCGAAACAAAACGCAGCCUCGGUUAUAUGCAGGAUUUACAGCUCGAUCGAGAUGAAGAAAAUACUAGGUGAAGUCGGUUGCAUACCUCUAUUGAUCAACAUGCUUGAGGCGAAAGCAAACACUGCUAGAGAACUUGCAGCACAAGCAAUUGCGAGUUUGAUGAUUCUGUCACAGAAUAGGCGAGAAGUUAAAAAGGACGUUAAAAGCGUGCCGAGUUUGGUACAGUUGCUUGAUCCUAGUCCACAGAAUACUGCAAAAAAGUAUGCAGUUUGUUGUCUAGGAUCACUUUCUUCAUGUAAGAAGUGUAAGAAGUUGAUGAUUUCUUAUGGAGCAAUAGGGUAUUUGAAGAAGCUUAUUGAGAUGGAGAUUCCAGGAGCUAAAAAGUUGCUUGAGAGAUUGGAAAGAGGGAAAUUGAGAAGCUUGUUUAGCAGAAAAUAA